GUUGAGUAAGAGUUCAGAGAAAGAGUUACUCACUUCCCGCCAGGACUACAGUUGAUCAGAGAGAGAACUCGCGAAGACAACGACGAAGAUGGGUUGCAUCACAGGUAUCGUGGCCAAGUCGUUCUUAAUUGCCUUCAACGUCGUCGUGGCGGUGGCAGCCUUGAUCGUACUUACUCUGGCAUCCAUCGUCCAAAGCACGCUGGAAGGCUACGGCCACGACAUCCCCCAAGACGCUCAUGACGUCUGCAUUGGCCUGAUCUCCGCCUCCACCUUCAUCAUCUGUCUGGGCGCCCUUGGGGUGGUCGUCUCCUGCUGCUGCGGCAACAAGCUCUUCCUAUACACGUACUUCGUGUUGGGCGUGAUUUUGGUGGUCAUCACGCUGGUGUUUGCUGGCAUGGGCGCCACCGACCUUAAAAACGAGGAAUACACAACUUACAUUAGAACGCAAAUGGAAAAUGACACAAAAAACUACAAUUUUGUUGCACCAGGAGACUACGAAGCUUCGAUUGACAAGAUAUAUACGGAGAACCAGUGCUGUGGUGUCGAUUAUUUCUCUACCUCUUACCCAACAGGAAAGCUACCGGCUGGAUGCUGUAAAGACACAAUAGAUGUCCAAGGCACAAUUUGCAAAGGAACUGCAGAAUCAGGCAAGAUUUACACACAAGGCUGCUGGGAAAAGUUCACUGACGAUGUCAUUGACAUGGCUGCAGCUACCGUCAACUUCGCCAUCUUUUUCGGUGUUCUGCUGUUCGCGCUGCUGACGUCGACGUGUCUGUGCGUCAAGUGUACCGACGCUAUGCCUAUUUGAGCACCAGCCGCUGCUUCCGAAACAUCAUCUCGGUGACGACGAUUAAUAAAACUACAAUAAAUUCAUGUUAAUCGUUUAGAGAUAACAUACUUAUGAUGAAAUUAAAUUACAAAUAGAUUCGAUUUUGCUGUGAUUUUUGUGCCUCUAUAUAUCCUCACUAAUAUAAAACUAUGGGUACUAAUA